CGAGAGCCUCCGAGGGGCACGCUUUCUACGCUCUCUCUGGCAAGAAUGUUAGUUCCUGCUCUUCCCUGGCCGUUUCCUGUAAUCGUACAGUGUUGUGAGACGGAGAAAGCCAUGUGUGUCGAUGCAAAGCUUUUCAUUUAAAAGUUGAGACGAACUGGACUGCAACUGUUUAGUUUCCAUCUCAGAGUUCCUCUAAGACUGCGCCUGUCUCCCUGUGUGGAGUGGGCAAGAUGGCAGAUCCAAUCAUGGACCUCUUUGAGGACACCCCCCUGUUUAACCUGGACGCCCUACCGGACGACUCCUUCACGCAGGGCUCCUCGGACCCUGUGGAGGAGGCUCUUAAGCUGGCAUUGGGCCACGUAGACCCACCGGCUGAACCCGAGCUCACAGUCAACACGGGCCCUAAUGCUCCUGCAGUAGCUCCUGUUAUCCCUGCCCCUGUCCUUGUCCCUGUCCACGCCCCCACACAGCAGCCAGUACCAGUGGUGACUGCUCAGACUGUUUCCAUAGCAGCAGCUCCCACUGUAGCCACCAUCCCUGUUGAUACUGUGCCUCAGAUCCAGGCCCAGACCACCAUACCUAUUGUCAGCAACCCGAGUGUGGUCCCAAGUAGCACUGUCCUCCUAAGCUCACUGACUGUUUCUAGCCCCUCGGUCACCACCACCACUGCCACCACGCCGCACCUCACACAGAUAACCCAUCAGCUCACUCCUCAGCAGCUAGCCGCCAUCACACAGCAGGCUGGGGGGAAAAUCGUCAUUCUCAAAGGUCCCCAAGGUCAGGCCCAGGUCCUGCAGACUGUUUCGGGAGCUGCAGGCCAAACUGGUGGUAAGGUCAUCCGUGUGUUGUCUGGUACACCUCUUAAACCUGGCAUGUCCAUUCUGCAAGGGGGGGCCGUCUUGAAUCAGGCAAGCCAAGGACAAGCUCAAGUCAAGAUGUCUGCUGCCGGGGUGCAGAGGCUGAUACAGUCUCCCAACGGACCGGUGAAACAGAUGCUGCUGACCUCCAUGCCUCAGCAGAGUCAAGGCCAGCAGGUUCAGGUGCAGAUCCCAGCCCAGGCACAGAUUGCACAAGGCCAGACUCAAGUCCAGGUUCAGCCCCAGACAACUCAGAUCCAGGUCCAGACUCAGGGCCAGGUGCAGCUCCAGCCAGCGAUGACGGCCCAAACACAGGGUGGUGAAGCAAAGCGGAUCACUUUGGUUCUCCAGCAGCCUUCCCAGACUGCUGGUUCAGCGGGUCAGCACCAGGUCACUCAAGUGCAUCAGGUUCAGGCAGGCCAACAGCAGGGCCAAACUAGACUGGUGCUGGGUCAGCUACCUGGUGGCAAACUGGUGCUUCAGGGAAGCCAGCUUGCUGCCCUGACCCAGGCUCGAGCUGCAGGCCAGGCUGGAGGGCAGCCCAAAGUCCUCACAAUCCAGCUGCAGGUGCAGCAGCAGCCCAACCAACAAGGAGGAGUUAAGUACCAGCUGGUGUCAGGAGCUGGAAACACCGGCAGCCCACAGGUGUUGCAGAUCUCGCAGGGCCAAGGAGGACAGAGAGUCGCAGUGCCACUCAAAAUGCUCCUGCAGCCACAGACGAGUUCAGCAACCUCAGCCGGCGGUACCGUCUCUGUGGUGAAGGUCAUCAACUCGUCUGCAGGCCCCUCCGCUACAACCACCACUCAAUCGCAGGCAAUUCGAAUCACCAAAGCCCCCGGGGAGCCCGCUUCUGUCCGUCGGGUGGAGAUCCUGUGCAAGCAGGAGAAAGCAAACCGUAUCGUAGCUGAAGCUAUAGCCAGAGCCAAAGCACGCGGUGAAAAGAACCUUCCACGAGUCCUGAACCAGGACGAGCUUCCAUCCUCACAGACCUCGACAGAGGCAGGGGGCACUGUGACUGUGGUGUCUUCUGCUAAGAAAAAGAGCAGCGGAGGAGGAAGCAAGAAGAAGAGUCCAGUGGCUGGAGCAACAACGCCCAAAACCCCAGGAGGAGCCGACAAAAAGGGCAAAGCAAAGACACCAGGAGGAACACCAGGAGUGGCUGGAGGAACAGUGACACCUGUAGCAGGGAACAAAAGCAAGAGCAAAGUUAAGACCAACACUAUAACUCUAGUGGGAGCAAAAAAGAGAAAAAGAAAUGCGUCCUCCGAUCACUCGGACGGGGAGAUGAGCCCUGCCUCACCCGCUGCGCUGGAGGAAGAUCUGAUUACGAGGCGCUCCAAUCGCGUGGUCAAAAGGAAGAAGUACACAGAAGACCUGGACAUCAAGAUUACGGACGACGAGGACGAGCAGGAAGACGUAGACGUCACUACGACCGCGGCAGCCGUGGCCUCCAUCAGUGGCAGUACAGCAGCGCAGCUUAAACAAGAACUGGAGCUGGAUGCCGACGGGCAGCCCAGCAUGCAGUUCUUUGUGGAAAACCCGAGUGAGGAAGAUGCUGCCAUUGUAGACAAAGUUCUCUCAUUGAGGUUAACCAAGAAGGAGGUGACGCAGGGCCAGUACACAACUGUGGAGGAAUUCUUUGUCAAGUACAAGAACUAUUCAUACUUGCACUGUGAGUGGGCCAGUUUGGAGCAGCUGGAGAAAGAUAAGAGAAUCCAUCAGAAGCUGAAGAGGUUCAGGACCAAACAUGCACAGAUGAGGCACCUCUUCCAGGAGGAGGAGGAGCCUUUUAACCCCGACUAUGUAGAGGUGGACCGGAUCCUGGACGUUUCUCACAGCGUGGACAAGGACAACGGCGAGCCUGUUGUCUACUACUUGGUGAAAUGGUGCUCUCUGCCUUACGAGGACGCCACCUGGGAACUGAAGGAGGACGUGGAUGAGGGCAAGGUGGAAGAGUUUGGCAAAAUCGCAAAUCGACAACCUCGCCUGAAGAGAACGGCACGGCCGCCUGCUGCUUCGUGGAAGAAGUUGGAGGAGACCAGAGAGUACAAGAAUGGAAACACGCUCCGAGAGUAUCAACUGGAAGGAGUCAACUGGCUGCUCUUCAACUGGUACAACAGGCAGAACUGUAUCCUGGCAGAUGAGAUGGGUCUGGGGAAGACCAUUCAGUCGAUCACGCUGCUGUCAGAGAUCUACUCCGCUGGAAUCCAGGGCCCCUUCCUGGUCAUUGCUCCGCUCUCCACCAUCACCAACUGGGAGAGGGAGUUCACCACGUGGACCGACAUGAACGCCAUCGUCUACCAUGGCAGCCUGGCCAGCCGACAGAUGAUCCAGCAGUAUGAGAUGUACUCUAAGGACGAUAAGGAGCACUUGAUCCCAGGCGCGUACAAAUUUGACGCCCUCAUCACAACCUUUGAGAUGAUCUUAUCUGACUGCCCAGAGCUGAGGGAGAUCUCCUGGCGCUGUGUGAUCAUUGAUGAAGCUCACCGGCUCAAGAAUCGAAACUGCAAGCUGUUGGACAGUUUGAAGAUGCUGGAUCUGGAGCACAAGGUGCUGUUGACUGGCACUCCUCUCCAGAACACUGUGGAGGAACUCUUUAGUCUGCUUCAUUUCCUGGAGCCUGCUCAGUUCCCCUCUGAGACUGAAUUCCUCCGAGACUUUGGAGACCUCAAAACAGAGGAGCAGGUUCAGAAGCUGCAGGCCAUCUUGAAACCCAUGAUGCUACGAAGGCUCAAAGAGGAUGUCGAGAAGAAUUUGGCACCCAAACAGGAGACCAUCAUUGAGGUUGAGUUGACGGAUGUCCAGAAGAAAUACUACCGGGCCAUCCUGGAGAGGAACUUCAGCUUCCUCAGUUUAGGGGCAAACAGUAACCACAACGUGCCCAACCUGCUCAACACUAUGAUGGAGCUGCGCAAGUGCUGCAACCACCCCUACCUCAUCAAUGGCGCGGAGGAGAAGAUUGUGGCGGAGUUGCGGGAGGUGUACGACCCGAUGGCUGCUGACUUCCAUUUGCAGGCUCUCAUUCGGUCGGCCGGCAAACUGGUGCUGCUGGACAAACUGCUGCCUCGCCUCAAAGCUGGCGGUCACAAAGUGCUCAUCUUCUCCCAGAUGGUGCGCUGCUUAGACAUUUUGGAGGACUACCUCAUUAACAAGAGAUACCUUUAUGAGCGUAUUGAUGGCAGAGUGCGUGGGAACUUACGACAGGCUGCCAUCGAUCGCUUCAGCAAACCCGACUCAGACCGCUUCGUCUUCCUGCUGUGUACCCGUGCUGGUGGCCUGGGUAUUAACCUCACUGCUGCCGACACCUGUGUGAUAUUUGACUCUGACUGGAACCCUCAAAACGACCUGCAGGCCCAAGCACGUUGUCAUCGUAUCGGCCAGUCAAAGGCGGUCAAGGUCUACCGUCUGAUCACGAGGAACUCCUACGAGAGGGAGAUGUUGGACAAAGCGAGUUUAAAGCUUGGCCUGGACCGCGCCGUCCUGCAGAGCAUGAGUGGCAACAAAGACAAGGAAGGCGCCAACGGGAUCCAGCAGUUCUCAAAGAAGGAGAUCGAGGACCUGCUGAGGAAAGGAGCCUACGCCGCCAUUAUGGAUGAAAAUGACGAAGGCAGCCGCUUCUGUGAGGAGGACAUCGACCAGAUCCUUCAGCGGAGAGCCACCACCAUCACCAUCGAGAGCGAGGGCAAAGGAUCUACGUUCUCCAAGGCCAGCUUUGUGGCCUCUGAGAACCGCAACGACAUCGCCCUCGAUGAUCCUGAAUUCUGGCAGAAGUGGGCGAAGAAAGCCGACAUAGACAUGGACACCAUCAAUCGAAAGAACACCCUCGUCAUCGACACUCCCAGAGUGCGCAAACAGACCCGUCAGUACUCAAGUCUGCGAGGUGAAGGUGGUGACCUGUCUGACCUCGACAGCGAUGAUGAGUAUCCACCCGCAAACUCCAGACAGUCUCGAGCCUCCCGACGUGCCGACCGCCACAGUGGAGGCGGUUACGGACGCACUGACUGUUUCCGGGUGGAGAAACACCUGCUUGUAUACGGUUGGGGUCGCUGGAGAGACAUCUUGUCCCAUGCCAGAUGUAAACGUCGACUGAGCGAACGUGACGUUGAGACGAUCUGUCGUGUCAUCCUGGUGUUUUGUCUGCUCCACUACCGAGGAGAUGAAAACAUCAAGAGUUUCAUCUGGGAGCUCAUCACACCGCCCGAGAACGGACGUCAACCCCAAACACUACUCAACCACUCUGGUCUCUCUAUCCCCGUUCCAAGAGGCAGGAAGGGUAAGAGGGUAAAGGCCCAGAGCACAUUUGAUGUUCAGAAGGUGGAGUGGAUCCGUAAAUACAACCCUGACACGCUGCUCCUGGACGACAGCUACCGCAAGCACCUCAAACACCAGUGCAACAAGGUGUUGCUUAGGGUGCGUAUGCUCUACUACCUGAAACAGGAAGUUAUCGGUGAACAUUCAGAAUCUGUCCUGAAAGGGGCUGAAAUCAGGGAUCUUGACAUCUGGAUGCCUGAGAUGGAGCAGCAGGAGUUUCCUGCAGGAUGGUGGGAUGGAGAGGCUGACCGCUCACUGCUCGCCGGCGUCUUCAAACAUGGUUAUGAGAUGUACACCACUAUGCGUGCUGAUCCAUGCCUCUGCUUCUUGGAGAGAGCUGGUCGGCCUGACGACAAGGCCAUCGAUGCCGAGCAGCACACUGGUGAUGCAGAGCUGGGAGACGAUGCUGACUUUGAUAAAUACUCAGAAGACCCAGAGUUCAAGCCUGCAACAAGACACGCCAAAGAUCUUUUCGAGGAGCCUGACUCCAUGAACGUGGACGAUGAGAUCUCCGUGGAAGACAAGGCGGGACCAGUGGUUAUAGAAAAUGUAUCCAGUCAGAGCGGUUCAUGCGAUUGGCCCUCCAGCUCGUCACUCACAGCACGACUGCGGCGGCUGAUCACAGCUUUCCAGCGCAGCUACAGACAGGAGCAGCUGAAGAUGGAGGCAGAGGCAAAGGGGGACCGCAGGCGCAGGCGGUGCGAACAGGCCAGCAAGCUGAAGGAGAUCGCACGGCAGGAGCGCCAGCAGAGGUGGACACGAAGGGAGGAGUGCGACUUUUAUCGGGUGGUGUCAACUUUUGGUGUGGAAAAGAUAAAAAAGGAGCUGGGUCUUCAAGAGGCCACUGACCCCGAGUUUGACUGGAACCGUUUCCGAACCUUCGCUCGUCUGGACAAAAAAACUGAUGAGAGCCUUAGCAGAUACUUCCGCUCUUUUGUUGCCAUGUGCCGCAGAGUUUGCCACCUGCGCCCAGGCCGGGAUGAAGAUCCGUCAGAGGUCCCCACGGCUGUUGCCCCAAUCACAGAGGAGCGUGCGUCCCGUACUCUUUACCGUAUCAGCCUCCUGCGUCGCCUCCGUGAGAGAGUCCUGCCCCACCCUUCCCUGGAGGAGCGUCUUCCUCUUGCUCCGACCAGCUCUGAGCUGCCCACUUGGUGGAACAUACCGGACCACGACCGUCAGCUGAUGCUGGGUGCAGCCCUGCACGGUGUGAGCCGCACCGAGAUCUCCAUCUUCUCAGACCCGCAGUUCACCUUCGUUCAGGCUCGAGAUGACUUUAUACAGCACCAACAAUCCCUGCCCCCUCCGCCUCCACCUCUGCCUCAGGCACUGCCCGUCACACCCCUCGGCCAGCUGAAGACUGAGGAGGACGUGCCAGGUGUGAAGGAGGAGCGAGGUGAAGAAGAGGCUCUGUUGCUCGGAGGUCAGAUCAGUGCUGACUUGCAGAGUACACCUUUGAGUCACCAUCACAGCAAAGCAGCGGGGCAGGGCUGGAGCCUGAAGAGGAGCAAGAUAAGGGUCGGAAAAUCAGGAGGAAGAAGGAAAGGAGAGGGGGGCUCGGAUUCUGACUCUGAUUCUGAUUCAGGAUCAUCUUCAUCUGACCGAUCGGGCAGCAGCGAUGACAGUGGAGAGAGUGAGGAGGAGACAGAAGGAGCAGGCAUGAAGCUGUGUGACGGGGACGAAGAGAACAGUUUACUGUCAAUGACCACAUCUCAGGACGGUGUUCCUCCUCCAGAUCCCCUCAGGGUGGAUUGGCCUAAGGACCGUGUGUUGAUCAACCGCCUGGACAGCUUGUGUGUGCUGGUGGUGAGCGGUCAGUGGCCCACGGGGCGACGCUAUGUGUCCGAGGCCCAGCUCAACCCAACAUCAGAGCUAACGUUAGAAGAGAUGGCCUACACAAGGGUAAUGCGUAAACCCAGUGGCACGCCUGGUGGCCCGGGGGCCGAAGGAGAUGAUGGAGAAUUCACUGUGAAGCUUCUCAAGGAGGAAGGGCUGAAGCUGACCUUCUCUAAGCAUGCUAUGAUGCCCAACGGCUCAGGAGGAGAGAGCAGCGGACGCAAGAAGCGCAAAGACCAAGAGUUUUCUGACCCACUAAAUGAUCCACUGGAGCGUACUCCUCGGCGUAGGGACCCUCCCACCUGGUUAAAGGAGAACCCAGAUUAUGAGGUGGAGGGAGACAUGCUGGAGCUUCUUGUGAACAGGAGCAAGAGGAAGAGGAGAAGGAGGGCAGAUAAAGCUCUGACAGGCAGUGAGAAGGUCAAAGUCAUCAACAUGAGGACAGGAAAGAAGGUUGGAAAUGCUUUCUGUCCGAUGUUGCAAGACCUGAGAGAAUAUCUGGAGGAGAAUGCUGAUAACGCUGUAGCACCCGAGUGGUCUGACGCUGUUAGAAACUCUGGCUUCCUGCCUGAGACCUUCUUCCACAGACUGCUGACCGAACACUCAGAGAUCCCCAAGAAGAGCCGACGCCGGCAUCACCAUCACCACCACCACCACCACACUCCAGAGCCCACGUCCGAGGACCCCAACCUGGACGGAGUGGAAGAGGAGACUCUGGUCUCAGACGGAGCCUACAUGAUGGACGAGGAGGACCUGGAGACCUCCCAUCACUUCCUCACCAGCCCGGACUUUGACGUUAAAAUGGAGGGCGGCGACAGCCUCUCCCAAGGUGACUAUGACAGCUCAGAUCAAGAGGCGCUAUUGGACGAUGUCAUCCUGGCACAGAAAGACUCUGACUCCUCGUCAAGCUCAGAGGAUUGACUGAACCUCGCUCUCUGAACACAUCAAACUGAGUCCCUGUCUCAAAAAAUGAAUCAUGUUAUUCCUCAUUUAUUUUUACCAUGUUAUGUAUCAAAUUAUGGAUGACUGUUUUUGUUGCUACUUUUAUUCAUUAAUUUUAUAUAGGAUUUUUUUUUCAAUGAAAGGAGCAGCUUUGCACCCAUCUGUUUUGUUUCUCAGCAUCGCAAUCGUGUUCAUUUCAUCUCCUCGAUCCUCCUCUCUAACCUCUGACAAAAUGGCAACAAGCUGAGCUUUCUUACUUCACGACUUGUCAUCCCUCCUCCUCUUCCUCUGAAGCUUUUCUUUCCCAUCACAUUCCCAGCCAUGACCAAAACGGGACCCCUGCUGUACAGACUCCCUUUUCUUAUCUAAAACCUCAAUGCUGGUCCUCUAGCGCUACAUGAAACUGGACAUGUUUGAUGCAGAGCCUGGAUCCAGAUCCCACAAUCCCCUGCUCUCGUCUGGUCAUGUGUUCCACGUCCAGACGGGUCUGUGAACUAAACGGGGGGUCCUGUGUGUGGAUGUACUGUUAUUGUUUUCACUCUAUGGGAAGGGUGGGGGUUAGAGGGAGGGAGGGGGACAGUGGCAUAUUAGUUACUGAAGCUAGGAGGAUGGAUGUAUUGUACAAUGUAGAGCUGGUCCAUUGUGUACUAUGGUGCAAAGAUGACGGCAAUGAGUUACUAUUCUUGUUUUAUGAUCUGAGUGUAUCUGUGAAAUGAAUAACAGCAAUCUACAGUGAGA